AGACCUGGUGGAGUCAAGUACUCUACCAAACUUGCCCCUUCCCUUCCCAGUAAUGUCAAUAUUUUCUCACGCGUCACGCCGCCCCUCCGCCCUCCCUUUUACGCGGUUACCCCUAACUCCCAGCUCUCUCGUUCAGGCGCGCUCUCUCUAGCCGGCGACGAUUGGGCGAGCGGCGCCACUCAACGCCAGGUCUUCGUGAAAACCAUCGCCGGCGAUGAGUUUCAACCAGUCUACUGUCAAGGGGCAGGCCAGGAGGGAGAGGCCUAGGGCUCGCCCUCAUGGCCUGACGCAGCAGAGGAGGCAGGAAAUAAAGGAAGCUUUUGAUCUGUUUGAUACAGAUAACUCUGGAACCAUUGAUGCAAAAGAGCUCAAUGUUGCCAUGAGAGCCUUGGGAUUUGAGAUGACUGAAGAGCAAAUUAGGCAAAUGAUUGCUGAUGUUGACAAAGAUGGCAGUGGAGCGAUCGACUACGAGGAGUUUGAGCACAUGAUGACUGCCAAAAUCGGAGAGAGGGAUAGUAAAGAGGAGCUUUCAAAAGCAUUCCGCAUUAUUGAUCAAGAUGGAAAUGGAAAGAUUUCUAACAUUGAUAUCCAGAGGAUUGCCAAAGAGCUGGGUGUAAAUCUCACCCUCGAUGAGAUCCAAGACAUGGUGCAAGAGGCUGAUAGAAAUGGUGACGGUGAGAUAGACUUUGACGAGUUCAUCAGGAUGAUGAGGAGGACCAGCUUUGGCUACUAGGUGUAUUUAUCUGUGAGUGCUUGACGCUGCCAGUUUGUUUAUGACUACCGGGCGUGUGUUAAUCGACUGGUGUUGUUACUAUGAACAAUAAUGUUGUGCUCUGGUUUCGCUUAUAUAUAUAAUUUUAAUUUAAUUUUAAUUA